AUGAUGGCAUCUUCGGUUCCACUACAUCAGUAUCAUCAAGGUGGCGCGACGCAAGCGCAUCAGUUGAGCCCUUUAAAUCUAUUGGCAGCGACUUGUAAUCGACUCUACAACCAUCAACCUUAUACCCAGCUCUCGCCGGCGUCGGCGACGUCUUGUAGUAGCGACGGUUACGUAUCAUCUCAAAUUCCGAUCGAAUCAUCAAGAUCCCCAUUGGAGUAUUCACCCCAUUAUCAACCGAGCUACAACCACGGUUAUACCAAUCAAUAUUGGUUCCAACACUCGCCGCCCCACGGCGAUAUAGCGACAAGCGGAUACCAACCGAAUCACCAGAGUAUAAAUCAGCAAUACCAGUGGUCCCAAACUAAUUACAUGAGUAGUUUGGCCUCAAAGAUGAUCGUUAAACCGGAAUUGAAUUAUUCAUCUAAAGCUCGUCGAUGUAUUAAAUGUCAAUGUCCGAAUUGUAUUAACGAAGAAAACGGUUUGAAGAAACCGAGCGCUAAGAAAGUUCACGUUUGUCAUUAUCCGGGUUGCGAUAAAGUUUACGGAAAAACGUCGCAUCUUCAAGCGCAUCUGAGAUGGCAUACGGGCGAAAGACCGUUCGUUUGUAAUUGGUUGUUUUGCGGCAAAAGAUUCACCAGAUCAGACGAAUUGCAGAGGCAUUUGAGAACGCACACCGGCGAAAAACGAUUCGCUUGUACGAUAUGUUCAAAAAGAUUCAUGAGAUCCGAUCAUCUAACCAAACACGUCAAAACGCAUAAAAACGGCGCCGUUAGUCCGGCAAAGAAGAACGAAAAAGAAGUUACCAAAGACGACGAUAAUGAAAUUAAAACGGAGGAUCCUCGACCGCAAUUCAAAUUGCAACCGGUUUCCCAAUCGCGUUACGAUACGCAAUUAAUACAUCACGCGCAACCCUCGUAUAAUAACGGAAUGUAUUUACAUAAUUACAACGAACAGUGA